AUGUCAACAAGUAACUUUUUUCUACGUUACUACGUGAGUCACAAGGAUAAAUUCGACCAUGAGUUCCUGGAGAUUAAAUUCCAACCAGACAAGAAACUGAGAUGUGCCAACGACAGUGAUUACAAGGAUAAUGUCGUGAUCAGAAAAGAGGCUUACAUAUAUAAAAGUAUGAUGGAGGAACUGAAGAGAAUAAUUAAUGGCAGUGAAAUUACCAAACAGUGUGAUGCUCUGUGGCCUCCUCCUGACCAGGAGGAACUUGAAAUCGUCAUUGGAUAUGAACACGUUUCUUUUACAACAUCUAAAAUUGGUUCCCUUAUUGAUGUUAAGCAAUCCAAGGAUUCAGAAGCCUUAAGAAUAGUUUAUUAUCUUGUUCAUGACCAGGAAGUAUCUAGUCUUCGUUGUUACUGA